AUGACGCAGAAUCAAGAUCUAGAGAUCUCCCGGGCCGUGGAGCAGGCAAUCCCCGCCAACGACGACCCAAGAACGGAAGCCACUGAGGAACCAGCAAUAAUAGAAGCAAUGGACAUCCAGGUCCCCGACGCCACCGCGCCCUCCCGCAGCAACUUCCGCGUCACAGCCAUCAUGAUGGCCCUCUACCUCGCCCUCUUCGUCGCCGCCCUCGACCAAACCAUCGUCUCGACCGCCAUCCCCACCAUAACCUCCUCCCUGCACUCGGCCUCCGGCUACACGUGGAUCGGCGGCGCCUACCUCCUCGCCAAAUCCGCCGCCAUGCCCAUCUGGGCCAAACUCUCCGACAUCUGGGGCCGCAAGCCCAUCAUCCUGGCGUCCCUCUCGCUCUUCUUCGCCGCCAGCAUCCUCUGCGCGCUGGCCCAGACCAUGCCGAUGCUGAUUAGCGGGCGGGCACUGCAGGGCGUCGGCGGCGGCGGCUUGCUGCAGCUCGUCGACAUUACUAUUGCCGAUUUAUUCUCCCUCCGCCGCCGCAGCCUCUUCAUCGCGCUGACGGAGCUGAUGUGGGCCAUCGCCGCGGGCAUCGGCCCCGUGCUCGGCGGCGUCCUGGCGGCGAAGGUGUCCUGGCGCUGGAUAUUCUGGUUGAACCUGCCCAUCGCCGGCGCCGCCUUCGUCCUCACGCUGCUGUUCCUCGACGUGCACAACCCGCGUACCCGCCUCCGCGCCGGCCUCGCCGCCGUCGACUGGCUCGGGACCGCGACGAUGCUCGGCUUGACCCUCAUGCUGCUGCUGGCGCUGAACAUGGGCGGCGUCGUCGCCGCCUGGUCCUCGGCCAAGAUCGUGUGCCUCCUCGUCUUCGGCGUGUUGAUGGUCGUCGGCUUCGUCGUCAGCGAGCAGCGCUUCGCGACGCACCCCAUCAUGCCGCUCCGCCUAUUCCGCGACCGCAGCAACGUCGCGGCGUUCGCGGCCGCCUUCUGCUCCGGCUUCGUCUUCAUCGCGGCCGAGUACUACCUGCCGCUGUACUUCCAGUCGUCGCGCGCCGCCGACCCGAUUCUGUCCGGCGUGCUGAUCCUGCCGCUCAUCACGACCGAGGCGGUUGCGGCGGUGGGGACGGGCGUCGGGAUUCAUGCGAGCGGGCAGUACAAGCCGUUUCUGCAGGCGGGGAUGCUGGUGACGGUGGUCGGGGUGGGGUUGUUCACGCUGUUCGAUGCGCGGACGAGCACCGCGACGGUCGUCGGGAUCCAGAUCCUGGCCGGCGCGGGCAUUGGCUUGUGCUUCCAGCCGCCCAUGACGGCGGUGCAGGCGCGCGUGAAGCAGAGGGACGUCGCGACGGCGACGGGGACGCUGGGGUUCGUGAAGAAUAUCGCGACCGCGCUGUCGAUUGUCGUGGGCGGCGUGGUGUUCCAGAACGGCGUCGCGAUGCAGCGCGGUAAGUUGGUUGCUGCGGGCAUGGAAGAGGCGGUGGCGGAGAUGCUGGCCGGGCCCGAGGCGGCGGCGAAUGUGGAGAUGAUUGGCAGGAUUGCGGAUGAGGGCCAGCGGUGGGCGGCGGAGCAGGCGUUUGCGAGCGGGUUGAGGAAUAUGUGGAUCUUGUAUGCGUGCGUGGCUGGGUGCGGGGUGGUGGCGAGCUUGUUUGUGAAGAGGAGCGUGUUGAGUCGGGAGCAUACCGAGACGAAGACGGGGUUGUUGGGGGAGGGGGAGGGGCUUAUGGAGGGGGGAAGGGAUUAG